AUGAAAUAUGCAACUCUCAUGUCCCACUCGCUAGUGAGUCCUCCUCGCGAGGGCAAUGGUGAGAAGCUAUUAGCGCAAUGUCCGGGCGGCACGGGUGACGAGGGCAAUGACAGCGUUGACGACGACGGCGAUGGCGACGCCUACGACUUCGAAUCCACACCAGAGCUCCGUCGAGUUGCGACAAGAUGCAAAGCAAAGAAACGGAGGAACCACAAUUUGGCAGCGUCUCACAAAACAUAA